ACUCCGCUUCACAUGGCGGCAAGUGACGGAUAUCAGGAGGUAGUGAAGAUACUACUAGAUGUAGGUGCCGAUAUUGACGCACAAGAUUCCCAUUCAAAUACUCCAUUACAUUUGGCUGCCGUUAAAGAUCGGUGCACUACUGUAGACGCAAAAGAUGGUUCAUUAGAUCGAAGCGCUACUGUAGACGCAAAAGAUGGGCAAUCGAGGACGGCACUUGAGCUAGCCACACAUAGCGGGCAUUCCAAAAUAGCGCAUGUGUUACUAAACCAUGGUGCAAAUCUUGAAACUACAAACGAGAAAGGAGAAACUCCUCUACUGAUUGCUUCGAAAUCAAGUCUUUUCGAACUGAUAGAUUUGUUUAUAAAUAAUGGUGCAGAUAUGGAAGCAACCGACAUGUAUUCCUUAACAGCAUUGCAUUCGGCAGCAAAAGAUGGAAAU